ACUGUGAGGUUACAGGGUUAUUAGGUAUACGAGACGUUAUUACGUUGAUCCGUUCUGGCCGUGUGCCCUAAGAAGUAGGAGAAACGUGGGCCAGUAGUGAGGGUAGAGAUCGUGCACGCGUUUUCAGCAAAAAGGGGGGUGUUGCCCGUUCAGUAUCACAGUGAACACGUUCCGCGACGCUAGCAAGUUUCUCUUCAUCUCCUGGAACCACGUGGUUAUAGUCUCCGAUCGAACUACGGAUUCGUGUUGAACGAUUGAAUUUUUGGGGACUGAAAAUUUUAGUACGGCAAGAUGUACCCCCGAUCGGCGUGGGCAUUGGUUUUCUUUGGUUUGGUCGUUCUUGCGCGAUCAGCUUUAGCCUUACAAUGUUGGGAUUGUGCUUCCAACAUGAACGCAAUGUGUGGUGAUCCAAUGAAUGUCACCGAGCAUCACGCUAUGUUUCAUGCGAAAACUUGCGAUGCUGGUCCUUAUGAAUCUACCAAGCCCAUAUGCCGAAAAAUUGUGAAGAGAGAAAACGGCGCACGAGUAGUGAUACGUCAAUGCUCGACUCCAAACGUCGACGAGGCAGAUAUCCAUGACGGUCCCUGCAGCGCAAUGGCAAUUUCAAGUCGAAAUGUAAUUGAAUCCUGCCACAUUUGCAGCACCGAUCUCUGCAAUUCUGCAACGAAUGCAUCAAUCAUGAAACCUCUGUUCGUCUUUACCAUGGCAGUUAUCGGUUAUCGUUAUAUUCAAUCGAAACACGACAUUGUUUAAUACCUUGAAAAUAUUAUUAUCGUAUAAGAACGAUGAUUCUUUAAAUAACCGUUUCGAAGGUGGAAAAGAAAAGUAUUCGAAUCGUCGUAAGCGUGAAUUUUUUAUUUCUUUGCAAGUUCAACGAUGUUAUUGUUUGUUAAUGUUUGAUCUAUAUGGUUGCUACAGAAUUAUGACGUGUGGUGCGGGACUGGGUUUAUCUAGGGGAAAUUUUGGAAUUGCUAAACUUACAAGUUGCGUUUUCAAAUUUGUAUAUUUUCGAGUUUGUGAAUUGUGGAAUUUCGACAUUUGUGAAUUAAAAUU